AAAUAAUCUCCCUACUCACGAUAAAAAAAAAAAAAAUCUCCCUACUCAUCAGCAUCCAAAAUUAGGGUUUUUGUGGUUCAGGAAUCCGGUGAUCGGAAAUGGAAGACACCGCAGCGACGGACGGCAAAACGACACAAGAGCUAGCAAUGGAGGGACAGAAACAUCUAGAAGAAACGAUCGAAGCCGCAUAUCAGAUUCUCUCUUCAAUGAACGACGAGCUUUGUAACCCUUCUUUAUGGUCUAUUACUUCUCCUAGCAACAGUACAAUUUCUCCAACUGCUUCUGCUAAUACCAAUGCCCUCUCACAGAACGGCGUGGGAAAUGGCGAUUCUGCCUCUGAAGGAUCCGUUUCAGGUGGUGUCGGUGCUGGUCUAGGUAAUGGAGCUCUGGAGGAAGCUCGAUUUCGGUAUAAAAAUUCCAUUGCUGCUCUUCGUGAGGUACUUGCUGCCAUUCCAAAUUCACAGGAGGUAAACAUCUAAUUCUCUGCUAUUGACGUUAAUAUAAACAUGUUGCUAAGUUAUAUACCUCUAUUUUUCUCCGCAAAUAGGCGAAAGCAUUUGAAUCCAGUACAGCAUCUCCAGUAGAUGAAUCUGGUGUUGAAGGAUUGGAAGAGAAAGCCUCGAAUCUAAAAAAGGAACUUGUCCAGAAGAAUGCAUACAUUAAGCUUCUCAUUGAUCAAUUACGAGGUCUUAUCUCCGUUUUAUCUACAUGGCAAAGUCCUUGCUCUGAGUGAAGUUAAUAUAUAGAUAUCAUGACAUCAAAGUUGAGAUGCCUCCUGAGGACAAACCUUGACAGGUGUUCCUGUCUUUGGGUUCUCUCGGAAUUUUUCUCAAUUUUUAGUAGAUCUUUACUUGAGCUCAAGAUGUAAGAAGACACUCAUUUUAAGAAAAGCAAUGGUUUUCAUGAGUGAAUUUGAGCAAGAAUUUGUACUCCAUAAUUGUUGAGCGAUCUGUAUGAAGAAUUGAAGACUGUUGAGAUGGAUCCUCUUAUCCAGGAUUUUAAUAUUUAGUUCUGCUUCUUGAGAAUCAAGUUACGCCCAUUUGGUUUUCAAUAGCUUUCCAUAAGGUUGUUAGCAUGAACCAUGAUAUGAUCGAUUUGAAUGUUUGAAAGGUCAAUUAUCAAAUGGACAGUCAUUGGUUCUUGGCAAAAAACUUUGUUCCUCCUCAAUUCGGAAUUUUCGGAUAUGCUCCAGUCAACUGCUAAGAAGCAAUUCUACUUUGAGGGCCCCCGUUUGGUUUUGGGCUAGUUUGCCUUUGAAUCUUUUUUUUUUGUACUGGAAGAUUUAUUUUCUGGAAAGAAAACUUUUAGGUACCACCCAUUGUAGUUCAAAUAAGAUACGUAGUACAUGUUAGUUGUUCAUAACCAUUGUAAGGAUAUUUUCACUUGGAUUAAGAUUUUAUAGUCUGGUUAAGUGUGGUAAA